AUGAAUAAAUUAGACUAUACAUAUGUUAACGAACAAGCCAUAUCAACAUCGUUAAUAUGUCCAAUAUGUUUGGAUGUAUUACAAGAUCCACAUACGCAUAUUACAUGUGAUAGUGCAUUUUGUCGGUCAUGUCUCUUGAAGCUGGCAGAUCCAAUCUGUCCGAUCUGUCGAUGGCAUUGGAAUGAAUUAGUUCAUAUUGAUUAUAACAUGUACUUACCGAAAGCAAACCGAUUGAUUCGGAAUAUGCUUGAUGAAUUACAAGUUGAAUGUGCUCAUUGCAAAACAACCCGUCGGCGUGGCCAGUUCGAACACGAGUGUCAACCGAUGACUAUUUGUCUACGCGAGAAAGACAAUGACUGCGAAAACGUGCAAACAUUAUCUUCCAUGUUGAUGAUUUUCAUUUGCAUCUCAUUGCUUUACUCGUAUCGGCAUAUUGUUUUCGAAAGAACUCUCGAUCAGCAUCAUCGAACAUUAGUUUAUGGCAAUGGCAUUGACAUUGACAGUUAUCUCUUCGAGAAAAUUUACUAUUUAAUAGUUAAAGUCAUCGAAUAUUCAGUUGCUGUCUUUCUGUUUAAUUUAUUCCUCUGGUUUAGUAUCUUAUUUUACGGUGAUCGUCUAACGUCGAGAACGACGAAUCAAUUUCUGCGUCAAGUUCUCGAAGUUUCCAUUAUUAUUAAUUUAAUUACAUAUUCAAUUUACUAUUAG